UUAAUACGAAAAAGAAAAGGAUGGGUUGCUGUAAAUGUAUGUUUUGGACAUUUUCUGUACUUAAUUGGCAUAAUAUCAUGUUUGAUUGGAGGGAUUUAUUUUUAUGCAAGAAGGAAUGAGAUACCAGAAGAGAUUGCGAAGAUCCUCGGAGAUGCUGGAAUCCAGACGUUCAAGGCAUUUGAUUGCAAUGAUGACGGUUAUAUCUCGAUAUACGAGUUUGAACCAAUGUACCAUCAUCUAGUAAAUGGAGCCCCACCAAAUGUAAGCAGUGAACAAGACGUACAGUAUGAGCAGGUUAUAACCUUGGCUGAUGAAGUUGUUACCGUGGUACCAAGUUUCAAACCCCUAGAGCUUACAUCAAUGAUGAGAGACUUGGACAAACACAAGGGAGCUGGAGUGGCUGGUAGCCCAGACCCUUUAUAUGGUCUCAAGAGUUGGAAAAGAGAAAACUUGGAAUUUCUCAACUUCGCUGUCCACCAUUUUAAUUUUUUCAUACCGAAAGAUCAUUCAUUUGAAGUUGGAAGGGUUUAUCACAUUGUUGAAGAUGAACAGACAUUUUUGCAGAAAAUCAUAUCUGACAUUUCUAGCAAUCGUUACUUCCCGCCGUUCGUCAAGGAUCAAUAUGUGACAUUACAUAGACUCUUGACCUUAUUUCAUCCAAGACCAUUUAUUCAGUCAAGAUUCAAACCUAGGGGAUCUGUAGCAAUGGUCAGGGCAAAAAAUGAGAAAUAUGUCGAAAUUGUGUUCAGGAUCCAUGCAGAGUUCCAGUUGAACCAGCUUCCGAAUUAUCCAUUCUGGUUCACAACGGCACAGUUUACCGGAAAACUCAUCAUAACGCAAGAUCUGUAUCAUAUCAUAUACUUCAAUAUGUAUGUUCCAAACACCAAAAAAUUAAAUGUUGGUAAGUCCUUACCUGCUUCAACAUUAUGUCGAGAGAAAGUAUUUGCUCAUUUACCUGAUAUACUUCAAACAUUAAAGAUAUACUAUGUUCAUCUUUCACUAAAAUAUUUUUUCAUGGAGCAACAUGACCUUCUUGCUUUACAACAGUUUCUAAAAUAUUUUCUUCCUGCGCUUAAUAUGGAUUAUUCUUUAUUUAUAGAUAUGGAGUGGUUGGAAGGAAGAAAUAGCAUGGUUGUUGAUAUUGGCUACUUGCCUGAAAUGGCCUUAGAAAUUACAGCACCAUCAGUUCCAGGCAGCAACAUUGUUUUAGAAGAGAAAAUUCCAAAGAAAAAAACUGUCGUGGAAGGUAUAGCAUGGACAGAGGAAAUACCGGAAGAGGAGACUUUACGAACAAUGCAGAUUGAAAUGUAUCCAUUCCAGAAGGUGAGGUACUAUAAUUUUUCCGAGUCUCUGGAAGUUGCAAAGAAGGAAGACAAAUUGAUACAUUACAUUUUGUUAUGGGGUGCGUUAGAUGACCAGAGUUGCUGAGGUUCGAGGCGUACCCUCCGGGAUGUAACCCUGGAGAGUGCGCCCGUUUUAAAACUUCUCGACGAGAGGUUUGUCAGUGGUUGGUCCCUGGUUGUUGAUCUUGAGGUUAGUGUUAUGGAUAAGUACAAUUUAGUUUGGGAAUGAAAAACAUUGGAUGUGAUUAAAGUGUGUGGAAACCACAUACAUUAUAUUUCAAGUUUUGUUCCUUUUUUCAUUUCUUUUGUUUUUUAACUUGUAAAUUUUUGGUAAAAAAACUGUACAUGCUCUUAGCAGAAACAUGGUCAUAUGUUUCUGCUGUUACGUGUCAACAAGAGCCUCUGAGGUUGUACUUGUCCAUUAAGGUAGUUCUGCAUGUUUAGAUCAAUUUGUUUCAUCAAACUGCAGUAACCUUUGUAACCCUUGUGUAACCAAACAAACAUGACAGUAACCCUGUAACCAGAUAUACAUGGGUCAUUUAUUUAAAAAAAAAAAGAA